AAUGCCUUUCGACAGUCGUAAAGCAACGCGCGCACAUCCGGAGGAAGGUUAAAUUGACGCCAGCAAAACACGGUCGGCCAGCGCGAUGCCUUUCGUGGACCUCCAGUCGCGUCUGGGCGUGGACGUGGACCGCUGGCUGCUGCUGCAGAGCGGCCCGCAGCCCAGGCGGCGGGCGGCGCGCUGCCACGCCUUCGAGAAGGACUGGAUCGACUGCGCCCACGGCAUCGGGCAGACGCGCGCCAAGCGAGAGUGCCGCCUGGAGUUUGAGGACUUCUACGAGUGCAUGCACAGGCAGAAAAUGCACCAGCGUUUGCACGCCAUCAGCCAGCAGCGCAACAAGAUGAUGAAGGAGGGCACAUACACGCCGCCCGUCUGCCACACGGGCCAGGGCGAACGCUCCGAGCCGUGAACGCCGCUCGCCCCGUCGCCCGCUCCCUCAUUUGUCGUCGUGUACGCUAAAAAUCUUCCUCUGUCGGUUAAUAAAAAGAAAAAAGCCAUUGCUUAGA